UGCAAAAUGAGAAUAAAGUAACAAAAUGCUAACUUUAUUUCUAAUAAUCACGUUGACCAACUUCAAAAUAAUAAGUGGCGAAGAAAACAGUGACAACAAAUUUAUUAAUUCACUGCCAGAAAAACAGAAGAAAGAGUUUCUUCAAAAAGUAGAGAAAAGAAUACAACAUGAAGUCCCAGAAGUCAAGUCUCCAGAACUGAAUGACACAAAUGUGGAACUUUAUGAAAAACGUUUAGAAGAUCAAGGUAAAUCUGUUCAAAAUAUUCUGCGAUCCGAAAUAGAAAAUCUUAAGACUCAUCAUCGGCGAAAUUUAAAUGAUACCGGAAGGAUUGAAGCAUCCCAUAUUGACUUGACCUUACGAACUUUAAACGAAAAAUCAAAGAGAACAAGGAGAAAAAAAGAAGAGUCGAAUAAUCCAGAAUCCGAUUCGCAUAGUAAAGAAGACAGUGAAGAACAGCCACAUUUAGUACCGGUAUAUAAUUAUGACCCUGAAAACGCAUAUUAUAACGCAAACAACCAACAAUCUCAAGGUAAUGUUGAAGGAGGGUCGAUUAUGAAAAUUAAAGAUGCACGUUCAAAAUCCACCAACGUAGAUGUUUAUACCAAUGAAAACAAAAAGAGUUUAAGAGUUAAGGACGUUAAACAAAAGAUUAUAUCAAAUAAUAAAAUCAAACCAGCUUUUGAUUUGUACGAUGUCAUAUUAAGCGAUGUAUCAGACGAAUCUUCAGAAGACAACGUUUUUAUUGAAAAGCCUUUAAAACAUACAUUGAAGAAGAUACGGACAAAGCUAUACAAAAACAAAAUGAAUGGGAAAUCUAAAGACGAUGUCAAUAAUAAUGAUCCUAUUACAAUAAUAGCGGAAAAUGAACAUAAAGGUGAUUAUAGUAUUAAUACAAAUAGAAAUGAAAAGAAAAGUAUUACCGAGCUAUUUAGAAACUUUGGUGCCCUUUUGCAAAAUCUGGUUGAUAGAGCUAACGAUAAUGGGACACCAUCUUCUGAAGGAAAGAAAGAUUCCGAUAAGGAAACUUACAAAGAAAUUGCAAAUUCUUUAGAAAAUCACAAUAAAGUACUUAAAAAUAAAGGUCUCCAACAAAUAGUAAGCAUCGUUAAACAUAUCCAAGAUAAAGUUGGAGAAAAAAGGCUAAAACAAAACAAAAAUAAACGUAAUAAGAAAGAACAUCAAUCUCGGUUCCAUGUUAAAGAUAGGGAUGAAAAGUAUAAACAGAAACAAGAAGAUAUAAAUUAUCCAAAUUUUGGCUCCCAAGAUACAAAGCUUAAUAAAUCAGCUUCUAAAAUAAAUGAUGGUUACUUGGAGAUACAUAUUAACAAUCUGAAAAAUUUGAUCGAGAGUAAUGAUUCGGGCUUAAAAAAGUAUGACUGGCUAGGAACAACUGUUCUUAUUCAAUCUGGUUUAGAAAAUUUACAAGAAUUGACAGAUAAGAAACUACAUGGUAAAAGACUACGUAAUUUCGAUCAGAAACUCCUAAUAUUUGCUAUGGAACUUUAUGAAAGAGCAAACGAUAUAAUCGAAUCACAAGCAAAUGAGCAGAAUUUGUCACCAAGGCAAAGAAGAAAACCCAAAAAGGAGAGCUUAGAUAUACUUAAGGCAUUAAUUGGCAUGGAUAUAUCGACAAUAUUAGAGUCGAGAUCGAGAAGUAAAGCUGAGGAUUUUAAAAAGUUCUUGGACUGUCUCAAAAUGUGCUUAAAUGACCUCCACACCGCAAUAAAACAAGUAUCAUUGAUCACCACAUACAAGAAACAGCGUUGGUUCGAAAAUAUAAAGCAGCUUUAUCUACAAUCCGCAGAUGACAAAGAAUACUUAGAACUAUUCCUACAUCUAGUGAUGGCACGAUUAAUAGACCUCAUAGACGCCAGAGCCAAAAAGAUGAUUUUGGGAGAUGAUAACUUAAAGAGAGAUAAAGUAGAGGUGGAUAGGAUUGAAGUGGAAUUUGUACUGGCGAUGAGGAUUUGUAAUACGUUAAAGGAAUUAAGAAAUAAAUAAUGACUUAGUAUAAAU